CUAGCUUGUGUGGUAGCUUACAAAUAUACAAAGAAGCCCUUUCUGCGCCGUACCACAAGAUGGCGCAUUAAACAACAUUAUUAACCGAAAAAUAGUCAAAGAAGAGGUUGAUCAAAGAAAAGACUUUAUGGCCAAAAUAACAAAAACAACCUUACAAUGUCUGAAAAACACCGAAACCUUCCUCAGUGGAUGGUCAAGACAAACGAUAAAGACGCUGAAAAGAAGAAAACGCAUGAAACCACUAAAAGGACAGCGAAGAAGCGGCUCAAAAGUGUCGUCGCGUAUUGGAUGAAUGAGAGGGAGCUGUUAGAAACGGCGCUCGAUAUUCUGAAGGAUGAAACGAAAAUGAGUAGAGACGCAGUCCAAGCCCCGGAGGAGGAGGAGGAUGAGGUGAAGGUGAUCCCGGAGACUGAUGAUGAAGACUCGACAGAUUUACACCACAGCACUCGUGUUUCAAACAUCGCCGAGCAAGAAACUGUGCCAUAUGAAAACUGUGUGGAAGAGAAAACCAAUACAAAACCAGACUGCCAUUUAAAGCCGAAUUCUGAUGUUUCAGAACCUCCAGAGAAGCCUGACGAGGAUGACGAGGCUCUUAAGCUUGUAAGAGAGAUCUUUUUCACGUAAUUCAAGCCCCGAGUACACAAAAGGUUUGUUAUUGUACUUAAACGAAUUUAAGCAUCUGUUGAAGAGACAUUUACUUAUUUAUUUAUCUAUCCUAGUGUUGUUGCAAACAGGGUAUUGCUAGCUUUCUUCUGUGGAGCACAAUAGGAGAUGCUUUGAAGAAUGUUCUAGUCGCUCUUUUUCAGUUCAAGAUUGGAGUCUAGACUUAGAAUCUUUAAAAUGCACCACAGAAUUGGUCUUAAUAAACCUUAUUAAUAUUUUAUUUUCGAAACAAUUUUUUUGAGGGAAUAUUAUCUCCCCUUGUGUUCCUCAGAAAAAAAGAAAGCGUUUAGGUUUGGAACAAUGUAAGUAAUUGAUUACUUUUUUUUUUUUGUAAAAAGAGUUUACAUCUUGAAUUUUAAUAAAAAUAACUGCUUUUACUCAGGAAAUGUAAAUCUUGUUUGGAUCUGCGUGGACUUGUUUGUUUAGGCAACAACCAAUAGAUCCAAGGUAAUGUCUAAUUUGACUUUUAUACCAUCUGCUCUGAUAAUUGUAAAUUGCACACUUGGGUCUUUGGUCCUGUGGGUAAGAAUGCAACUUUAAAAACAUGAGAACGUUCGAUUCCACGCAAUAAUCAAUUGUGUAUUUAAUCAUUUUUUAUUUUAAAAGCUAACCUUCAGUGUCUUGAGGCAUAAACAGAUGUCGCAGGCGUGCAGGUGCAUAUUUUUAUUUGCACUCUCAUAAAACAAACAAGACAUCCCAAACCUGGGGAAAUGUCAUAUUAAAAUGCACAAAUAAACAAA